AUGUCUAAGCAGUUUGUUCGUUCUGCAAAGAACAUGAUGAAGGGCUACUCAUCCACACAAGUGCUUGUGAGAGAUGCCACGGCGAACGACUCGAGGACUCCAUCGAUAGACACUCUCGACGAUUUGGCACAGAGAUCUUACGAUUCGGUGGACUUCUUCGAGAUUAUGGAUAUGUUAGACAAGAGGCUGAACGAUAAGGGCAAAUACUGGAGACACGUUGCCAAAUCGCUGACCGUUUUGGACUAUCUUGUUCGUUUCGGGAGUGAGAACUGUGUGCUAUGGUGCAGAGAGAAUUUUUACGUAAUUAAGACAUUAAGGGAAUUCAGACACGAAAAUGAGUCCGGAUUUGACGAGGGACAAAUUAUCAGAGUAAAGGCUAAAGAACUCGUCUCUUUGUUGAAUGAUGAAGAAAGGCUACGCGAAGAGAGGUCUAUGAAUACAAGAAACAGAAGGGCGAACAGAGCUGCUAGGCCAAGGCCAAGAAGACAAAGAACAAGGAGCAACCCACACGAUUCUUCUCCCUCUUACCAGGACGAUUUGGAAAAGGCCCUAGAGGAGAGCAGAAUUACUGCUCAAGAAGAUGAACAACGUAGAAGAGAACUGGCCCAGUACGACGAUGAAGAUCCUGACUUCCAAGCUGCCUUACAACUAAGUAAAGAAGAAGAGGAGUUGAAGCAAUUGCAGGAACUACAGAGAUUACAGAAGCAACAACAGUCUCUGUCUCAAUUUCAAGCUCCUUUACAACAACAACAACCACAACAACAACCAGCGUACUACGACAUUUUCGGUAAUCCAAUCUCCCAAGAUGAAUACUUACAGUAUCAGUACCAACAGGACCAGGAACAAGCAAUGGCUCAGCAAAGAUGGCUGGACCAGCAGCAAGAACAACAGCAGCUUGCUGAACAACAAUAUUUUCAGCAGCAACAACAAGCUGCGGCCGCCGCUUCUGCCUUGCAACAGCAACAAACAGCCGCUAAUAUGCAACAACAACAACAACAGCCCGCUGAUUUUCAACAACCUUUGCCUACAGGUUCUAAUAAUCCGUUUUCCAUGGAUAAUCUUGAAAGACAAAAGCAGGAGCAACAGCAUGCUCAAUUGCAAAGACAACAAGAAGAAGCUAGACAACAACAAGAACAAUUGAAGCUACAACAAUUGCAAAGACAACAACAAGAGGAAGCUCAAUUACACCAGAAGAGGCAAGAAGAAGCCCAAUUACAACAGCAGCAAGCCCAAUUGCUACAACAGCAAGCCCAGUUCCAGCAACAACAACCCUUGAAGCAAACAAGGACUGGGAACCAGUCUAUAUCGGAUAAAUACAGCGACUUGAAUACCUUGUUAGCAACUGGUACAGGGAUAGAUACUUUUGGUAACACUGGAGAGGCACGUAUUCCUGCACAACAUACAAAGACAGGCACAUUUAUAAAUUCUCAGGGUACAGGCUACAAACAGGUUACUAAUGAACCCAAGAACAACCCUUUCUUAAGCAACCAAUACACUGGUUUACCAAGCACAAAUAUCGUGCCCACGCAAACAGGGUACGGGUUUGGUAACCAACCUCAAAGUCCUCCUACUAAUUCUCCUCAGCAAAAUCCUACUGGUAUAAGCUACUCUCAGCCACAACAGCAACAACAGCCACAGCAACAACCGCAAUACAUGCAAAAUUUCCAACAACAGCAACCUCAAUACGCCCAAAACUUCCAACAACAACCACAAUACACUCAAAAUUAUCAACAACAACCACAAUACAUUCAACCUCAUCAACAACAACAGCAGCAGCAGCAGCAGCAACAGCAGCAACAGGGAUAUACUCCUGACCAAGGUGUAAGCUUAAUUGAUCUUUGA